AUGGUUCGUUGAGAGGAGGUGUAGCGAAUCCCUGUUGCCAGCAGAUGGAGCGUGGCGGCGUGCCAGGCGGCCGCAUGCGACUCCGAGAUGACUCGUCCGUGGGGCUGUCGUCGCACAACGCUCCCAACACGCAACACAAUGCUCCGAUGAGUAAGCAACAAGACCACACACAACAACGUAACUGAAUGGAUGUAUCAUCCAAACAACCCUGUGGCUGCUGCUUGUGGUCAUCGCGUCUUCCAGCGUUCCCCGCUCCCAGAGUCCCUCUCGCAUCACCCGUGUAUGGCCGCCCUCCCCCUUACCCGCAUCACUUGCACGCCGUCCCAUCGCAAGUCCCUCCGGCUCCCCUCCUACCUCCCUCCGGUGCGCACAUCCAUCCACACCAGAUCUACGCCCAACCCAGGGCCUCGAAUGCGCAGCUCGGCUUCGCCAACUGCCCCCCCUUGCCACCGCAGAGUCUCGGCGUGUACGGGUCGAGUGUGACGGCAGCAGGAGCGUUGUUGCGGCCGACGGGAAGUGGCGGCAGGGGGGAGUCUGUCGGGCAAGGGGCUGAUGUGGGUGACGAGGUGGCGGUGGAGGGCAGUGUGCAAGAGGUGGUAGAGUCUCUCAGGACACACAUUGAACAGGUGAGCUGGCCGCACCAGACCUCACCACCACAGAGAUCGCAUGUUGUCUUUCUCCCGUCACUGCAGAUUAGUUGGGCUGGGCGAGUUCUGCGGGAUGAGCACUCGCGAGCUCUCAAGUCGGAGUGCGAAACGCCAAUACAGACACACAACAACGGGCACGCUGGCCAGGUACAUAAACAAAACACACAGCUGCACACAUACAUCCUUUCCUCUCCUUGCCAUUUCUGUGUCCAGGAGGAUGACGGCGGUUCUGCAGUGGAGCGUCUUCGUCAGGCGGCCGAGAAGGUGAAGGCUGCAGAGGCGUCGCUGUUGAGUGCGGCCAACACCCUGCUGCCCAUGACCCAGAUCCCAGCAUCGGCCUCAACACAGGUAUGCGGCCUGUGGGCGUGGGAGAGGCCAACAACACACAUACAUUUCUAUAUCUGCGUUGUCUGUUGUGCCAGGAUAACCGACCACCGUCGUAUCGUCUGGUCAAACUCAGCGGCAGACAGCCACCGCCCCAGCCACCGGUGCGCACACACCACUGCACACAGAACACCGUGCAGCGGAUCCCACUUCUUCACCUGUCCCCUCUCUGCAUGUGUGUGGGUGUCUGCAGGCGGCAGAUCGUGUGUACGGCAACGUGGACGCCAGCGGCCACAUGCUGACCAUGCACUCGUUCUGGCAGCUCGCCAAGGCCGCCGCCCCCCACUGCGACCGCAUAGUCUUCGACUUCAGAUGCCACGACGAGUGGGAGUCGGUGCCCCCCGCCGCCGCAUUCGAGAUCGGCAAGCGUGCCGUGAACCUCAAGACGGUGGUGGUGCGGCACCCCCACCACUCCCCUCACUGGUGGAUGGGCGGCUGGUCGUCCUUCAUUGAGGGGCACUCGCGCGGCGUGGAUGAGAGGAAGAAGACCGGGUGGCAGGGUGGAGGGAUCGAGGAACUCAUCUUCGUCCGCGUCCUGGACGCCAGCCUUCCCCGAACGGCCCCCCACAGACGGCUCCCUCCCAUCACCCUCCUCCCAUCCUUCAAUUUCCCGGCACUCAAGUCCAUCAAGGGCGCCGCCGAGGACCACCGUCACCUGUUCGACAGUCGGCGGUGGCGCAUGCCGGCCCUCGAGCGGUUCGAGGGGGGUGUGGGGUCCUUUGGGGCGUUCUGCGGCACGUCCGAUCGGCUGCAGUCCUUAGAUGUUGGCGGCACUGGUGUUGGCGAUGUAGCUGGUGUGAUCGAGGGAUUCUCAGGCGUGGGGUCCUCCAAACUCGCGCGUCUGUAGCGCGUCCGUGGCCUCGGUCUGGUGGGUGGGGACGCUGACGCAGACAGCAUCGACAGACUUCGGGUGAGGCGCAGAGAGCACAAAGACAGAUAUCCGAGACAUGACGUCCUUGUCUAUGUGCCAAUCGUGUCUUUGUAGGAUGCGCUCAAGUCGCGGGGCUGCUCGAAGCUGCAGCGUCUUGACUUCAUUCGCCGAGCGCUCAUCGAGGUCACCCUGCCCACCCUCCGGGCCAUCGAAGGAUUCCUCCCUGCUGCAGCCCUCCCAUUCGACCUUCCCGCGGCCGAGCUGUCGGUCAGCUUUUCGGACCAGGGCCUCCACUGCUUCGACAUGUCGCUGCUGCAUCGCAUCCCCGCCCCCUCCCCCCUGAUGAAGGCCAUGCUGCGGCAGCUCGCCUCGCACGCCCUCCAAGUCGAGUGGACACCGGACGUGGCCUUCAUCGAGCACCCGACCAGCCUCUCAUGCGAGAAGGCAUUCAUUGAAAGCAUUCGAUUCAACAGGGCCUCGUGGCUGACCAUCCACCAGAGCGGCCCCACCCUCCCUGCCGGCCAGACAUCCGCCGGCGGCCCAUCCAUCCCUGACCCACGUGUGUGGUCGGUCAUCGACCACAUCGCCCCAUCGGCUUUCCCGUCGCUCGACCAGCUGACUGUGGGCGGUCCGUUCGGCUGUGCGGCGGCCACCCGGCUGCUGACGGCGGCCAAGGUCCGCCUGCCGGCAGAGUCUCGUGUGUUGGCGGAGGGCGUGCAGGGGUCGGAGGCCCUUGACCUGAUGAGGGCGAUGGGCAGCGGGACAGUGCUCGAGUCGGUGCAGAUAGAGGGCGUGGCGGGUGGGAAUGUGGGCGGGCUGGAUGAGUGGGCGCGGGCGAGCGCUGGGGGCCAGCUGCCCAAGACCAGUUCCCUUCGCAUCAUCCUUCACGACCGUAGGCGAACGAGACAGAUGAUGAAGGAAUUGCAAUGUCUCUGUCUCUGCCUCUGUCUCUGUGUGUACAUGGCUCAUAGUUAGCCGACGGCAUUGCGUGGGAGCAGUUGGACAUGAUGCUGCAACAGUCUGUGCGGUCGACCAAGGACGUGGUCAUCACGCUCCGCAUGCGAGACCUGGAGGAGUUCCUGGCCGCCGUCAAGAGGCUCAGGGACACGACCCUGGCUGCCAAAUGGACUACCAUUACCACCUGGCCGGCCCACACACUCCGUAUUUCACGCCGGACGUAAGCAAGGAGGGAGGGGGACUGCAUGCACACACGCAUGUGUGGAUGUCUUUGGGUGUCUGUCUGUCUGUCUAUCUGUCUUUCUGUCUGUCUGUCUGUCUGUCUAUCGUGGCCUCAGGUAGCUGCUGCUGUUGACGCACACACGACUUCAUCUAUCCUCUAUCUAUUCAUCGAUGUCUGCGUGUGGGUGUGGGUAUAUGCGAAAAACUCAGCUAGGGGUAGAAGGCAUGUGCAGCAGA